AUGGCUGCGCGCGCCCCCCGUCCCCUCCUGCCGCUGCUGCCGCUGCUGCUGCUCGGCGGCUGCGGGGCCACCCUGCCCCCGGAGCCGCCGCCACCGCCGCCGCCGCCGGGCGCGCAGCCCCUGGGCGAGUCGGCGCUGCAGGCGCCCACCGUGCUGCUCGCCAUCAUCGCCCGCAACGCGGCGCACGCGCUGCCCCACGUCCUGGGCUGCAUCGAGCGGCUGCGCUACCCCAAGGACAGGAUCGCGCUCUGGGCAGCCACUGACCACAACGUUGACAACACCACAGCAAUCCUUAGAGAGUGGCUGAAGAACGUGCAGCACCUCUAUCACUACGUGGAGUGGAGGCCGAUGGAGGAYCCCCGGUCAUACCCAGAAGAAGCUGGACCGAAACAUUGGCCAAGUUCCCGAUUCACCCAUGUCAUGAAACUCCGACAAGCUGCCCUUCGUGCUGCGCGAGAGAAGUGGUCAGACUAUAUCUUGUUCAUUGAUGCAGAUAACUUACUGACCAAUCCAGACACACUGAACCUGAUGAUAGCAGAAAACAAGACGCUGGUAGCACCAAUGCUCGAGUCUCGCUCUCUCUACUCUAACUUCUGGUGUGGCAUCACCCCUCAGGGCUACUACAAAAGGACUCUGGAUUAUCCUCUGAUUCGGGAAUGGAAGAGGACAGGUUGUUUUGCUGUCCCGAUGGUUCAUUCCACAUUCCUCAUCGAUCUGAGGAAAGAGGCCUCCACCAAGCUGAUGUUCUACCCACCCCACCAGGACUACACCUGGAGCUUUGAUGAUAUCAUUGUCUUUGCCUUCUCCAGCCGCCAAGCACGGAUUCAGAUGUUUGUCUGCAACCGUGAGCACUAUGGUUUCCUUCCCAUGCCUCUGAAAUCGCACCAGACCCUGCAGGAGGAGACCGAGAACUUUGUGCACACACUGAUCGAGGCCAUGAUUGACCGUCCUCCUGUUGAACCCUCGCAGUACGUCUCUGUUCCCCCAAAACACCCUGACAAGAUGGGAUUUGAUGAAAUUUUCAUGAUCAACUUGAAGCGGCGGAAAGACAGGCGGGAUCGGAUGCUGCGGACUCUCUAUGAGCAGGAGAUUUCAGUGAAGAUAGUGGAGGCUGUGGAUGGAAAAGCCCUGAAUACAAGCCAGCUGAAAGCUCUCAGCAUUGAUAUGCUGCCUGGCUACCGGGACCCCUAUUCCUCCAGGCCGCUGACGAGGGGCGAGAUCGGCUGCUUCCUCAGUCACUAUUACAUCUGGAAGGAGGUGGUAAAUAGAGAACUGGAGAAGACACUUGUUAUUGAGGAUGAUGUUCGCUUUGAACACCAGUUUAAAAGGAAGCUCAUGAAGCUGAUGGAUGACAUUGAACAAGCCCAGCUAGACUGGGAGCUUAUCUACAUUGGCCGGAAAAGGAUGCAGGUGCAGCAACCUGAGAAGGCAGUUCCCAAUGUCAUGAACCUGGUGGAGGCUGAUUACUCUUACUGGACCUUGGGGUACGCGAUCUCUUUCCAAGGAGCUCAGAAGCUCAUCGGAGCUGAGCCUUUCAGCAAGAUGCUGCCUGUAGAUGAAUUUCUGCCAGUCAUGUACAACAAGCACCCCGUAGCGAAGUACAUGGAGUACUACGAGCCCAGAGACUUGAAAGCCUUUUCAGCAGAACCAUUGCUUGUGUAUCCCACCCACUACACGGGGCAGCCGGGCUACCUCAGUGACACAGAGACCUCCACAAUCUGGGAUAAUGAGACUGUGUCAACUGACUGGGACAGAACACACUCCUGGAAAUCCCGGCAGCAGGGCAAGAUCCACAGCGAUGCCCAGAACAAGGAUGCCCUGUCUCCCCAGUCAUCUCUCAAUGCACCGGCCUCCAGGGAUGAGCUAUGACUGCCCCUUUUCCCGGGACUCCGCAGCGGCUGAAGCUGCCUCACACGUUAGCUUGUCCCCCUAGAAGCUUGUAGAGUUGUUCGUGUGGUCUCCUCCCUACUUGCAAGGCAACGCAGGGCGGUUGGACCCACUUGGGUUGUGACUAACCAGGUGCUUUUCCAGGAGCGGAGAGCUGAAGGAGGAGAAACAAGUGUCCCAGACUGGCAGAAAAAAAGGGGAGAGGUCUCAACAAAGGCUCUUAAAAGUUUUUGUUUAAGAAAACAAGACAAAACUGAGUGACGUCUUUCUACAGUUCCUUUUGUAGAAUACUGUAUUUAUAAAGAUUAAUAUAUAGAGGAACUCUGAGGUGUGCAGGUCGUGAUACCUUUCUGGGUAGCUGUCAGUGGCUGCUGUGUAACAGUUACUCAUCGUAGGUUUAUAGGGUUUUAUAAUUCCGUUUACUGAAGCUGCAGGCAAGUGCAGGUCAUUUGGUUUUGUUUUUUAAAGGAUCCCUGUCAAAAUCAAAAUGUUUUCCAGAAAUGUUCAAUGCAUGGGAGCAGCACUCCUUGCCUUUGCUGUGRUGCUGUGGAGAACUGUUCCUGGCAUUCCCUCCAUACAUUGCACAGCCUCCUAGAGUCUGCCUAACAGGUCCACUAAUCCAGAACAAAUGUCUUGGCAUAGCCAAAAUGUUGAAAGCCGACAAGAAAAAAGGGUGGUCACUGUUUUGGUUUUUGUAUUGCCUUCAGAGAGUGCAGAGAGGCAGAACUGGUUCAUGUCUGUCCUGCUUCCUUCUGCCUCAGGCUGUUCCUCAGAAGAGCAGAGCACGACAGUCUUUUCCCAGGCCAGUUUAGUUGAGCCACAAAGAUCAGGUGAAGGACUUCUAGGACCUUUCCUUUUUACAAAUCUGGUUGUGAACUGCUUGACUUUAUUCUUACAAAAUCUACAGAAACGUUACUGGCCUCAGCUGUUCUCAGCAGCCUCAGAAUUGUAUGUUUUAGGACGGAAAGGCAACUUGUCUUUUGAUAAUUUUUUUAUUUUUAUUUUUUUUCAUGUGAAGAGCAAACUUGUCUGUUUUGGGAUGAGUUCUGAUAUCUUUGUUAUCGGGUAACAUGUCAGCAGAAUGUGCUGUUUCCUUGUUAGAAAAGGUUUCCAGGGGCCAAGCGACCAGGGUCUGCACUGCUUAGGUCGAGCUGGCACAGACCUGGAGCCGGUGGCUGCGAGCGGAGCGGAGCGGGGAUGUCCCUCUGACCAGCCCUCUAAAGAGACUGUCUCCUGCUGGCUGCCCUGCUCAGCCGGGUGUGUGUGCU